AUGGGACACAAAGUGGUUGUAUUUGACAUUUCUGGUGUCAGAAGCUUGUGGGAAACCCGUGUCAAGAAGCACAAAGCUUGGCAGAAGAAAGAAGCAGAAAGGCUUGAGAAAAGCGCCUUGGAAAAAAUAAAGGAAGAGUGGAACUUCGUGGCUGAGUGCAGAAAGAAAGGCAUUGCCCCUGCUGUCUACAGCAAGAAUGGCCUCACCAAUACCAAUGCAAGACUUCUGGAAAAGAUGGAGAGGAACGCCCUGGCAAGGCCCAGCUUGCUUUCCAAGGAGAAAGGAAAAGGACGCAGUGCGUUUGUGUUCGAACUGUCAGGGCAGCAAUGGACGACACUCCCGGAGUCAUUGAAGGAGCAGACACACCUAAAAGAGUGGUACAUCAAUAACACCCUGAUUCAGAGCAUCCCCACGUACAUUGAACUGUUUGAAGCCAUGAGAAUUCUGGAUCUGCCCCAGAACCAACUCUCACAUCUUCCGGCUGAAAUCGGUUGUUUGAAGAAUCUAAGAGAGCUUAAUGUGAGCUUCAACUGCCUAAAGAGCAUUCCUCCAGAACUGGGAGAUUGUGAAAAUUUAGAGAAACUGGAUUGUUCUGGAAAUCUAGAAUUAACUGAGCUCCCUUUUGAAUUAAGUAAUUUGAAGCAAGUUACGUUCAUAGAUAUCUCAGCGAACAAAUUUUCCAGUAUCCCGAUCUGUGUCCUGAGGAUGACUAACUUGCAGUGGUUGGAUAUCAGCAACAAUAACCUGAACGACCUGCCACAAGAUAUAGACAGGCUACAAGAGCUGCAGACCUUUCUCUUGUAUAAGAACAAGCUGACCUACCUUCCUCCGACCUUGCUUAACCUAAAGAAGCUCACCUUGCUGGUUGUCAGUGGAGACCAUUUGGUGGAGCUCCCCACGACCCUCUGUGACUCAUCCACACCUUUAAAAUUUGUAAGCCUUAUGGAUAAUCCUAUUGAUAAUGCCCAGUGUCAAAAUGAUGAUAAAACAAUGGAAAGUGAAAAAGAUCGCCAACAUUUUGAUAAAGAAUUUAUGAAAGCCUAUAUUGAAGAUGUUAAAGAAAGAGAAUCUGUUCCCAGCUAUACUACCAAGGUAUCUUUUAGCCUCCAGCUUUGA